GACGUGAAUGUUUACAGUGCAAGGCAACGUGGGGCGUCGCUCCGCCCAGCGGCCGGUAUAUAAGGGCGCGCGGCGGCCUCCACGGCACAUCGCCACCAACCACCGCCGCAGCCAGCCACCACCAACACCACUGAGAUGACAAUGAUGCGUGUUGCCGGCGGAGCGCUGGCCGUGACUCUCGCGGCUCUCCUAGUCUGCUGCAAUGCUGAUGCUCAUCAGGAACAGGACGUCAGCGCCGCCGAGCACAACUUCGAUCGCUUCGACUCCGGUCACAAGGCCCCAAGCGCGGAGAGUAGUAUCGUGAGGCAAGUUCGUGAAACUCACCACUCCGGUCUUCUGCCUUACCUGGCUCGGCGAUACGACAGCAACCCGUACAGCGACAAGCAGAUGUGGGCGCUGGCAGGCGGCUACGGAUAUUACGGAGAGCCCCCCAAGCGCAAUUUCGACGAGAUCGACCGAUCUGAGCUGGGUUUCAUGAGGAAGCGCAACUUCGACGAGAUCGACCAGACGUCGAUGCCCUUCCCCUACGCGAAGCGGUUCUACCACAUGUUCGGCCCCAACUACCUCGACACCCCUGUGUCGAUCUACGACAAGAAAAGGAACCGACCGGACUACCCCAUGGACGAGAUCGACCUCUCCCAUUUCCCCAUCGGCUCCAAACGCUCCAUGGACUCCUUUCCCCUCUCUCCCCGCGCACGGCGCUAAACUGACGAAUACUUUGACCCUUAUUCUGUGAUGUGCAUUUAUUUUCACCCUCCAUUGAACGGGAAAUACAAUUAAAGAAUAGAUAAACAUCUCGUGUGUGACAUUCACUUGCUGAAAUUUUUAAACAAUACUUCCUACGUUUAGGACUGAGCUGAUACUUUGAUAUACUUUUAUUAUUGUUACGUCCAUCAAUAUAAUCCAUACUGUUUAAGUUUUAUCAUUUAGUGUCCCUACUAAUUAUAUCUAGCAAUGAGUGCAUACAAUUUGCAUUGUGCACCAAUUUCUUUGUGAACUCAUUAAAUAGAACUAAGAUAAAUGUAAUAAAAAGUGUUUAAAUGGACGUUAGUUACAAAAAUAUUAAAUUAUGAUAAAUAACUUUAACUGUUGUUAAGGAGAGGGAGGUUUCAAUUCUCUAGAUGUUAUAUCGAUAUUAUGCAAAGAUUAUUAUGAAUACCUAAAAGAUGUACCUGUAAAUUAUUUUUUCAUGUUUACGUAAGAUGCAUGGCAUGUAAUACUUUUAAUUUAUUUAUUUUUAUUAUAAAUAUAUUGAUUGAAAAGUC